GUGAGCCUGCGAGUUUUCUUGUAGCGGCGCUUUUGAUUGAACGAAUUAAAACGUAACUUAUUGAUACUAUAUUAAAGUUCGCCUCCUUUAUCGAUACCAAGGACUGUCUGCAUGGUAAGGAGUCGUGCGGACAGUGCCGGUGACCUGAACAUGUGCAGCAGUUAUCCCACGCCGCUCUACUCUCAUGCGGGACGCGGGGACUUCCGGGACGUGUACGAGCCCGCGGAGGACUCGUUCCUGCUGCUGGACGCACUGGAGAAAGAUGCAGAGACGCUGCAGCGCCUUGGUCCGUGUGUGUGCUUGGAGGUGGGCAGUGGUUCCGGGGUCGUGUCUGCGUUUCUGGCAUCAGUGGUCGGGCCGUCGGCUGUCUAUUUCUGCACUGACGUGAAUCCUGCAGCAGCUCUCUGCACAGCAAAGACGGCGUCAUGUAACAGCGUGGCGCUGCAGCCCGUCCUCACAGACCUGGUGGAGGGUCUUGUGCCUGGGCUGUGCGGGAAGGUGGAUGUCCUCCUCUUCAACCCCCCCUAUGUGGUCACACCGUCGGAAGAGGUCUGCAGCAGAGGGAUAGAAGCCGCCUGGGCCGGAGGGGAGCGAGGCAGAGAGGUGACGGACCGCUUUCUUCCCAUGGUUCCACAGCUGCUGUCCAGUGAAGGCCUGUUUUACCUGAUAACCAUCGCUGAGAAUGAUCCAGAGGAGAUCAUCCGGUUCCUGGGCCAGAGAGGACUGAAGGGCGAGUCCUUCGUGUCUACAAGAGCUGCAAAUGAAAGGUUGUCAGUCCUGCGCUUCCACCGGUGAACCAGGAUGGAGCACAGGCACGGCCUCUUGGACAACGAUGGCUCCUGCAUCCACCUCCUCCUGAUGGGACACACCAGUUAAAUCAAGACUCCCCCACCACCACCCACACACCCUCAGCUCUGACUUACGGCUACGAAGUGGACGGUGCAGCCCGUGACCCUCACGCCCGCCUGCAGCGCCUGCUUCUGGGCGUUGACCCCCUUGAACGACGGCAGCAGUGACGGGUGGAUGUUCAGUAGUUUACCUAGACAGACACGAAGAUCAAUUAAAAUGGGACUCCUGCCGGUCUAAUAUGCAGUUAAACAGUUUCCUACCAUUCCAUUUCUUGACAAACGAUCCCGUGAGGAUCCUCAUGAAUCCAGCCAGGCAGACCAGGUCCACUCCAAACUCCUCCAGCACGUGGUCAAUGGUGGAGUCGAACUCUGCACGGCUGCCGUACAGCUUGUGGUCCACCACCUGGUAGGAGACAUGGAUGAGGAUUCCUCUCUACAGUUGGACCGUCUUCAUUCCAGGACUUACCCGAGUCUGGAUUCCUGCCAGCGACGCUCUCUUGAGGCCGAGAACCCCGGGUCUGUUGGAGAUGACCACCACGAUCUCUGCGGCGCUGGAGGGACGCUUGGCCUGCUCCAUGAGGGCCUGCAGGCUGCUUGUGCACCAGGGAACCCACGAUCCAGGCCUCUUCCUGGGCCUGCAGCUGUCUCAGGACCCUCUGAGCGUCCGGGGGGGCCACCACCAGCACUGCUCCCAGGCCACAGUUGAAGGUGCGGGCCAUCUCCUCCUCACUCAGACCCCCCUCCCUGUGGAGCCAGGAGAACACGGCAGGGAUGCUCCAGCGGGAAGCAUCUGAGGAUAAACGACAACGUUUGUGAGAAACGCUGCGGACUGAAAACAACCCCAAGAAACUGAACAUGUGUGUAGUUCCAUCUCACCUAAAUCCACGGCCAGCUGCGGCGGCAGCACCCGGGGGAUGUUCUCCAGGAGCCCCCCACCCGUGAUGUGAGCGUAGGCCUUGACAGCACCGCUGCGCAGGAUCGGCAGCAGGAGACGACUGUAGAUCUUUGUAGGAGUCAGCAACACCUCCCCUGCAGGAGAAGUUAGUGUUCAGAUCGCUGAUUUUAUUUGUGUAGAAUUAAAAAAACAAAAAACAAAACAGUUAUCUGCCAUGUCAGAUUGGCAUUAUUCAACACUACCAGAGAAAGUUUGCAUCAUUUUACUAGUACAGGCCUGCAAAAAAGAUCUUUCCAAUCUUAAAACGGAUCUUUCAAAGAAAAUCAUCCCUCAUGGGGAAACAAUCAAAACGGUGAGCAAGUGUUGACGGGUUAAUCGGCUGCAAGAACAAAAAAUAAAUCUGGAAUGGCAAUUCAAAAGUUUAGUUGCUUAAUUGUUCUUUGCAGUGACUUUUUUUUUUAUUAAAUCAAAAGAGCUUAUCAACUAAGAUGAGAGGAGAUCUUGAA